AUGACUACUGACAUACUAGAUGUUCCUAUUUCAAGUGUGACAUCUGAAUCCACAUUUAAUGUUGGUGGAAGGGUGAUUGACAAAUAUCGUGCUAGAUUAAAUGAACAAUCUAUUGAAGCUCUUAUUUGUGGUGGGAUUGGCUUCGUAACAACAAAAAGUCACUGUGGCUCUGCCGGAGCUGGUGGCGCAAACCCUCACUACCAGGGCGGAAUUCAAUUUCACAAGUCCAAAGGUCAGCACAUACUGAAAAAUCCUAUGUUAGUUGACACAAUCGUGAAGAAAUCUGGCAUCAAACCAACCAACGACAUCCUCGAAAUUGGUCCUGGUGUCGGUAACUUGACUAAGAAGCUUCUAGAAGCCGGAAAGUCCGUCAGAGCUGUCGAGCUUGACCCUCGUAUGGUUCUCGAGUUGCAACGGAGAUUUCAAGGAACUCCACCUAGCAAGCUAAAGAUUAUACAAGGCGAUGUUCUGAAGUGUGAUCUUCCAUACUUUGACAUCUGUGUGGCAAAUAUCCCAUACCAAUGGUAA